AUUUGUAUUGCGGGUGUAUGACGCCUGUACAGAACGCCACCUAAAACCGGAAGUGUGGUUUUUUUUUUGUCGUAUUUCGGAAGGUUCGGAAGUGUAGGGUUCUAUGGAAGAGAUGUCAGGAGAGAGCGUGGUGAGCUCCGCGGUGCCGGCUGCUACAACACGGACCACCUCGUUCAAGGGCUCUAGUCCCAGUUCCAAAUACGUUAAACUAAACGUGGGGGGAGCGCUGUACUACACCACCUUGCAGACACUCACCAAGCAGGACACCAUGUUGAAGGCUAUGUUCAGUGGGAGGAUGGAGGUCCUUACGGACAGCGAAGGCUGGAUCCUGAUUGACAGGUGUGGGAAGCACUUUGGGACCAUCUUAAACUACCUGAGGGACGGUGCGGUGCCUCUGCCAGACAACCGACGGGAGGUGGAGGAGCUCCUGGCCGAGGCCAAAUACUACCUGGUGCAGGGGCUGGUGGACGAGUGCCAGGCUGCCUUGCAGAACAAAGACACGUACGAACCCUUCUGCAAAGUCCCCCUGGUGACGUCAUCUAAGGAGGAACAGAGGCUAAUCGCCACCUCAAAUAAGCCGACUGUGAAGCUAUUGUACAACAGGAGCAACAACAAAUACUCCUAUACCAGCAACUCGGAUGACAACAUGCUGAAGAACAUUGAGCUGUUUGAUAAGCUCUCUUUGAGGUUCAACGGACGCGUCCUGUUCAUCAAAGACGUGAUCGGCGACGAGAUCUGCUGUUGGUCCUUCUACGGGCAGGGCCGCAAAAUCGCGGAGGUGUGCUGCACCUCCAUCGUGUACGCCACAGAGAAGAAACAGACAAAGGUGGAAUUUCCAGAGGCGCGGAUCUAUGAGGAGACGCUCAACAUCCUCCUGUACGAGUCGCAGGACGGCCGCGGGCCAGACAACGCCCUGCUGGAGGCCACGGGGGGCGCCGCGGGCCGCUCCCACCACCUGGAUGAGGACGAGGAGCGCGAGCGAAUCGAGAGGGUGCGGCGAAUCCACGUCAAACGGCCGGACGACCGCACGCACCACCACCAGUGACCUCUCUCUGUGAUCUCUAUGGCCCCCUGUGAUUCCGUCUCCGCCCUCUCUCACUUCCUGUAUGCCUGUGCCUUAGAACCACCAGCUCUUCAACUACCCCCACCCCUCCACUUCCCUGCCCUGUGCCUCUCUUUUUCAUAUACACACACAUAUACAUACACACACACACCCAUACACACACACUCACAGGUUUGUUUUAACAAUGCUGCUCUUAUUAAGGCAGCUCUGCAAUUGCCUUGUGUCCUGCAGCCAAAGCUGAGCUAGCUGCAGGUCAGUUAAGAGAUGGGGAGGCAUCUGGACCGAGGCACUGAGGAAAGAUCGCAGCCAAAAAAAAAUUAUAAUAAUUCUCUCAACAGUGAGAUCUGGUGUUAGUAAAUACAUUAGGCCCCCUGCAAGAACAUGUUGUUUUAUCUUAAAAUGUUUUUUUUUUAUCUUAAAAAAAAAUGCCAUCCAGUGUGCAGUGACUGUGCAUCACAGUCAUUAGAUUGAUAGGAUGGAUGUGUUGUCUAUGGUUGUGAGAGCAUUGUGCAGUUUGGGCUAACCUGAACUUUUUACCAGAUGGAUUUGCUGCUCGUCUAUAACCUAUAAUUGUUGACUUCAACAAUAGAAGAAUUAUAUUGAUGGUGAUGCAUUGUUUUUGCAUGGGGUCUAACUGUGAUAGGGGUCCAAAUCUACAGGCAACUCUACAGCAACAAACUCAGUUGGUUAGGGAACAGGAAAACAUGAGCUGAAUGGGGUCACUUUCACCCUUGUACUGUAGUGCUUAAUAGUUAAUAGAUGCCGGCUGUGGAGUGACGGUAUCAAGUGAGUGUCUUUGAGCCACCGUAUGUGAGUGUCUCCGUAGCCUCAUUAAUCCAUCUAUCCCCAUCUAGAGUGCGGGUAGAGUCUUUGCGCUAUUGUCUUCAGUCUAAUCUGUAGGUGUGCCUCAGAAAUGUUGUGCUUUCGAUGUGAUUUGACUUUGAUCACUUUCGCAUGUGUUUCUACGUUGAUUUUUUUUUUUUGUGUGUGUCUGGUGCGUCUUUAAUUUUCUUGUUUGUCAGCCUAUGUUCCAUCUAUGGUUCAGAAUGUAUUUGUGUGAGAGGUGAUGGAGUAGGCUGCGGGUGUUCUGGGGUAGGUGAGAAGUUGGUUCUCACCAUCUAGGUUGUAUACCGGGUGGAGCAUAACUAGUUUUAUCUCUGGGGGGAGAAAGGGGUCAUUGUUUUUAUUGUGUGGUUUACUUUUUUACAGGGUGAUUGAGACAGUGAGAAGUAUUAUUGAUGAAGUUCUGGUUUGUACCUGUAACACUUCGGUCUUGGUCAAAUCUUGUAGAACGUCAUAGUCGUUAAAUGAAUUACGUCCUAUAAAAAAAAAAACACAUCCAGACUUUGAAGUGAAAGAGUCUGUGAGCAUAUCAACCUCUCAAAAUAAUUUUAAUCAUUGAAGAUUUUCCAAUCCAGAUUGUCUUGUUUCCUCAGGCAGCAAGUGGUGGUUUGACCACUAGAGGGUAACAGAGUUCCGCUGAAGGGGCAGUCCAGGCUGUGAGAGAGUAACUGGUCUCCAUCCACUGUCUGUAGUCAGAUGGCGGGACUGCCGUGGUGAAUUAUUUUGUACCCCCCCCCCCCCCCCAUCAUAAUCUAUGUGGGGCUGACAGAUGCAGUUGGAGGAGAACCGUGUAGUUAAAACCAGCUCAUGUUCUACAUUUUGUUUAAUUAAUAACAUUUAACCUCAUCUCCCCUGAACUCAGAUUGGUAAGCGAUCGUGUGGAGGUUAAAACCUGAGAUGGUGAAGGGGAGUGGGGCGGGGGGGGGGGGGGUGUCAGUUAGAUCUGGGGAUGACUGAGUAAUAGAUCUUGAGGCCGAGGCUGUAACGAGAGACAUCACUAGCUGGAAGGGUGAACGCCCAUUAAACCGCCUUUGAAUAUAUAACACAUGAGUCGUGUUUCUGUAGUUUUAGCUCUCCUUAACAAGUUUGUCCUCGCAUUGAAAAGUACGUUUUCUUUGUGGUUGAAAACGUUCAUACUUUGUAGACCAGAAAAAGUUUGUACAGAAGAUGUGAACAAGAAAAAAUUUUUUUUGCAUAUAUUUAUACCUUAUGUCAUCAAUAAAGAUUGUCAUAUUCCUUU